AUGGCGCCGAAGUGCGCAUUCUGUUUGUCUAUUUAGAAAAAGCAAGCCGUUGUCAAGAAGGACAAAAAGAGAGCUUAUUGGAAGUUCACCCUUGACCUCACCCACCCGGUUGAGGACGGAAUCCUGGACUCCGGGAACUUUGAAACCUUUCUGAAGGAGAGGGUAAAAGUCAACGGCAAAACUGGAAACUUGGGCAAUGUUGUCCAGAUCGCCCGACUGAAGAACAAAAUCACCGUCACGUCAGAAAAGCAGUUUUCCAAGAGGUACCUGAAAUACCUCACCAAGAAAUACCUGAAGAAGAAUAACCUGCGUGACUGGUUGAGAGUAGUGGCCUCAGACAAGGAGAGUUAUGAACUGCGCUACUUCCAGAUCAGCCAGGAUGAGGAGGAGUCUGAGAACGACGAGUGAACUUCUGGCAACGCAGAGAGCUUGUACUCACGUGUACAAAAUGACAGCACUGUUAUUCACCUGGCAGAAUGAGUUAUUUAUGCUCAAAUAAAUUUGUGUUUUACACAA